AGCAGCUGCAGCUGCAAGUAAAGUUAGAUACAAUUUAUGAACAAGUUCAAUCAGCGAUAUGCUUCUCAUGCUAUAAUAUUAGCAGCUGUAUUAUGGGAGAUAUUGUUUUGCAGACAGCAGCAUAAUGUAAGAGAACCUUUCUGCAUUAAACCAGAUGUCUACGACUUCACACGCGUUGGGGACUUAAACAUCCUGUCCAUUUUAUGGCUUACCGAGUUGUUGUAUCUUGGGACAAUGCUAGGGCGCCCCUUGGGGCUGGGACAUCCACGGAUUCGGACGAAGCUUGGUCCACCUCAUCUAGUGAAGCCAGGAUCAAGGAUGAGCUUAGCGGAAGAGCAAUGUCUCGCUGUCCAACGCCGUCGAUUCCUUAUAGAUAGUGGGCUCUGUCAGAUUGAUUGCUGCGAGUGCGAUUCAAUCGUCGAACCCUUGCCUAACAGCGAACCAGUAUGAUAGGCUGUAGCAAUACCUGAGAUCGGUAUCGCUGGCCUCUCAUCAUAUUAUCAUUCUUUUGUCUUUUCAUUGUUCUCGCAUCCAGCCAAUAUUAUGACGGCAACA